UUGGCUUUUAAUUUUUCCAGGAUUUACAUUCUGCCAUGUCUUCUGAAGAGGGCAAACUCUUCGUGGGAGGGCUCAACUUCAACACCGAUGAGCAGGCACUCGAAGACCACUUCAGCAGCUUUGGGCCUAUCUCUGAGGUGGUUGUUGUCAAGGACCGGGAGACUCAAAGAUCCCGGGGUUUUGGCUUCAUCACCUUCACCAACCCAGAACAUGCCUCAGACGCCAUGAGAGCCAUGAAUGGAGAGUCUCUGGAUGGGCGCCAGAUCCGUGUGGACCAUGCAGGCAAGUCUGCCCGGGGAACUAGAGGGGGUGCCUUUCUGGCCCAUGGGCGCGGUCGCAGCUACUCUAGAGGUAAGUGCUGUGGUGACUUGAUUAUGAGAUGA